UCACAUGUGUGACACGGUUUCGACGCAGGCUGACAGGCGAGCAUAACGGCUGACACAGUUGGCGUGGCAGCCGGCCGUGGUCACCAGCUCGAAGUGAAGCAUGAAGUCCUCAGUGCUCUUGGACAGGGAAGCCCGACUGGAAGCAAACAACUAUGGCGCGACGAAGGUGCACCCGGACUUUGUCGGCGACUGCAGCGACGACGGGAGCCGGCAUGGCAGCGUGUCACUUAGCAAGACGCCAGAUGAACUGCCGCAGAAAGCCGCAGAAGAACCUGACACUAAGUGGAGAAGGCGGUCGAGGAAGUUCCUCUGGAUCUUGCCUCUUAUUCACAGUGAAUUCUGGAUAGCCGCCGGCUUCUCGCUUCUGCAGUCAUUCUACCCUGCCAUGGCUAGCGAUAAAGGCCUCGACGCUGAUGAGUACAGCUAUGUCUACUCUUCGUACAAGAUUGCCAUGAUGCUUGGAGCUAUACUCGCGGAACGAAUCAUGGUGUGGUAUUCACCGGUAGCCUGUUAUCUUCUCGGAAUGACAGGUUGUUUCAUCUUUAACCUCCUCUUUGGGUCUCUGUACUGGAUUCCAGGAGGAACUGUACUCUUGGCUGUUAGCCUUGCAUCCGCAAUCCUGGGUGGUGUUUCUAAUAGUUUGUACAUAGUCAGCGCCUACGCAGUGUUCACAAAUCGCUUCGUAUCGAACACCGGUGUGGCAAUAGCAGCCUUGGAGUUCACCUUCACUACGGGAAAUAUGAUAGGAUCAAUCCUCGGUGGUGCUCUAAUAGACAGAAUGGGGUAUCCAGCACCAUUUUUCGUCAUCGGAGUAAUAAUCAUCUUGGCAUUUCCGGCAAUCCUCAGCCUGAAGUCAGUUCUUAACAAAGAUUACGGUUCGUUCGCUCAGGCGCACGAUCCCAAAGAAGUCACAAUAAAUUAUACAAAGCUACUCUGGGACCCGAUGUUCAUAGCUGGUCUGGGUUGCAUGGUGCUUUGCUGGGGUCAAAUGGGAUUCAACGAACCGACGCUGGAGCCUAGCCUCAGAGAGUUUGAUCUCAGCAGUACCCAAAUCGGUACCGUCUACACAAUUCAGUUUGGUAGCUCGGCAGUUGGCAGCAUUAUUGCUGCCGUCUUUGCGCACUUCAAGGGAGAAGCUCUGUUCGCGCUGCUUGGCCUUGUAUUGUCCGUCGCAGCAUUCCUCAUCGUUGGACCAGCUCCAUUCAUCCCUGCUGAUCGGACACUAACCAUGGUGUACAUCUCCCAGAUAUUUACGGGCGUCGGCAUUUCGUCACUCUACAUCUGCGGUUUCUGCCACUCGCUGACCGUUACACUAGAACGUGGAUAUCCAGACACCGUCCGAACAACAGGCUUUGUGUCAAGUGUUUCGCACACGUGCCUUUUCUUGGGUGGCCUCAUCAUGCCCCCAGUAGCUGGCUAUUUAGUCGAGGCUUUCAGCUACAGCUCUGCAACAUUAGUUAUGGCUGCUCUACUCGCAGCUUGGGUUCCAGUCAUGCUGGCCGUGUGGGUGUCCAAGGCCUUUUGCUCCUUUAGAACAGCGAAGCUAAGCCUGGCCGAUCCAAAGAAAGAAUGCUCAACUGAAAAUAAUAAUUACGCCUCGAAGUACUAAAUGUUCUCACUUGACAA